AGCUUGCAAGCAACCGCACACGAUCGGCCCGCCCACCAUCAGCACAACAACCAAAACCCAGACAACCCGACAAACCACCGAAGGCGACAGACGCACACGAAGUGCUGCGGCCGGACAUCUCACCCUGCAGGACGCGAAGAGAACGACCCAAGCACAGAAGAACAAGUCAAAUAGACACGCCACUAGACUGCUUCAGCUUCAAGAACGUGUCAUCAUGAGCGAACAAUACAACUCCUUGAAGGAGGCCAGGCUUGCUGCCGAGAAGGAGAUCAAGCAACGCAUGGCCAGGAGGACACACGCGCGGAAGCGGGAGGAGGAACGGCAGGAUGAGCUUGACGAAGAUGAGCCGCCAAACGCGAACAACACAGUCACCGUCAUCACCGUCCUUGGCGCUUCCGGGGACCUCGCAAAGAACAAAGUCUACCCCGCGCUCUGGACCAUGUAUCGCAAGAGCCUGAUCCCGCGGUCGUCGGUGUUUGUCGGCUAUGCGCGGAGCAAGUUCACCAGCGAGGAGUUUAUGGGCCGCCUUCGCCCGCAUCUCGAGAAGUCGUUCCGGAAGCUGAACGAAUACAUUGCCCUUCGUGUUGCUGCCAAGGGCAAACUGUACAGCAAUCGUAUAUUCUACCUUGCCCUUCCCGCCCUUCCCAUCAUCGAGACCGUCACGGAACAUCUCAGCAAACACUGCCAGACACAGUUUGGGCGGACGCAAGUCGUGGCGAACAAGUCCCUCAGCUCGGAUUUGUUGCGCGGCUUCGAGGAGGAGCAGAUUUGCCGCAUGGAUCAUUCUCGCCCAAAAGAGAUGGCACAGAACUGGCAGCUCGUGCUUGAAAGGCUUAGCAGCAAGCAGGACAGUGCAAGGAAAGACAAGAAGGAAGGGGUGGCACCUACACUCGCUCGGCUGGAAAGGUUUCUUGCACAGACUGAGUUGGCUGACAAGGUGAAGGACAGAGUCAGGGCCAUCGCCAACAGCACUUGUGGGAAGAAAGUGAGCUUUGCUCAAGAUCACAUGGGCGACAAUGGCGUGCGCGUGGUAGCCGAGGCUCUCCGAAGCAACACGUGCAUCGAGUGGCUUGAGUUGGACAGCAAUCGCAUCAGCGACGACGGCGCAGUGGCGUUGGCGGAAGUGCUAAAGCGCAACGCAACCAUCAUGACACUUGAUCUGAACAACAACCGCAUCCGUAAUGAUGGCGCUGUGGCAUUGGCGCAGAUGCUGAAGCAUAACACAACCAUCACGACGCUAAAGUUGGGUUUCAACUCUAUCAGCGACGAUGGUGCUGUGGCAUUGGCAGGAGCACUAGUGCACAACACAACACUUCAUGAACUCAGUCUUUGGCGCAAUUAUAUCGCCCCUGCUGGCGGUGCAGCGCUGGCAGCUGCUCUGAAUCAGAAUCGCACCCUCAAUCAACUCUCCCUGGAGAAAAACUCGGCCGCAACUGCCAGCGCUUUUGGGGCCGCGUUGCCCGUGGACCGCGAACUUAACGCAGGAGACUGGGUUCUGGAUAAUGAGGGGGAAUCAGCCUUCAAUGAAGCACGCAAGGAGAAGAUGCAGCAGCACGUGAACCUGUUUCUCGUCUGCAAGAGUGGCGAUACCAAAGCGUUGAUCUCCCUCAUCAAUCAAGACCAUGCACCCGUCAACCAACAAGACGAACAGGGCGACGCCCCGCUGCACGUCGCCUGCAGGCACAAACACCUCGCCAUUGUGAAGCUGCUGCUAGACAAGGGCGCAGACACUUCCGUCAAGAAUGCGAAAGGAGAGACGCCCUACGAUGUGGCGACAGCUAGCGGCCACGUUGCCAUCAUUAGCAUUGAAGCCCUCAAGCCAGACAGCAAGCCUCAGCAGCAGCAAAAGGAGAAAGGCCCACCUGCGCCAGCCCCUUUCGCCAAAUCAAAACGAGGCGGAGAGGCAGCGCAAGGCCCCGAGAAGGCGCGCAGGGAGCGUCUCCAGCAGCGCAUGCGGGAGGUCGUUGCGCGCUUCAACGCCACCAUGGCGGGCAGGGCCAAGCUCAUCUUCAUUGGCCAGGGGCGCGCCGGCAAGACCAGCACGUUCCACUCACUCAUGGGCCACACCUUCAACAAGCAUGAGCACUCCACGCCUGGCGCCGCGACCGCCGACCUCGCCGUCAUUGUCGAGUCCAUGGACAUCCAUGACUGGCAGGAGCUGGAUGCGGAGAUCUCGGAGCUGAUGCGCAGUCUCUGCGGCACGGCGCUGGCGCAGGACUCCGGCGUGAACUUGCAGAUGAAGCAGGCGAUGAUGAAGGCGAAAGCCGACCUGGAGAGCCGAAUCGUUCGGUACCAGCAGCAACAGAAGCAGAGCGAAGCACUGAAGACCAGGCCAAGGGCAAGGACUACCAAUCUGAAGCAGAAGGCAACCCCGAAGGAAACACAGUCACAGCAACCAUUCCAUGAGUCACCAACGAUCGUCCCCGAGCCCACCAAGGCGUCUCAUGCCCCAGCAUCUGCAUCCAAGCAGCAGGUCACAAUCGGUCCUUCCAGCAAAGGUGAUACUGCUUCCCACGACAACGAAGAACACGGCAGCCGCGCCACCGCAACCGGCAUGUCUACGGAGGAGAUGGAGAAGGCGAUCAAAGAGCUUAACGUGGAUGCCGUCAUGGGCGAGGGCAAAGCACGGGUCACUUUCAAGGUGUUUGACUUGGGCGGCCAGUCCACCUUCUACAUCUUCCACCCUUUCUUCCUCACAGAGUACGCGGUGUACCUGCUGGUGUUCUCCAUGAAGGACCUGCUGCACCAAGAUGAGAGCAAGCGAGCUGAAUCGUGGGAGUUUAUGGAGCACUGGCUCUCCUCUCUCCACCUCCACGCCAAGGGCGCACCCGUCCUCAUCGUCGGCACGUUUGCUGACAAGAUUAUCGAGCGGAAGCAGCACGAGGCCAUCUCACGCGACAUCUACAGCCGCUUGCGCCACAACCCCGCUUUCCCUGGCGUCAUUCACAACGACAAACACGGCCUGUGGUUCUGGCCCGUCGACAACACCAAGUCUAUCAACGACACCAUGAUCCAGGACCUGCGCCAGACCAUCUCCUCCACAGCACUGGCGCAGGAGUACGUGAGCCAGGAAGUGGCCGUCCCUUACCUCCACCUCUUCGACAAACUCCACGCCAUCGCCCGCGACGAGAAGCGACCUCUGCUUACGUUUGACGAGGUGGUGGACAUUGCGCGCACGUGUGGGCUGCGCACGCGUGACGAGACGAGAGCCUGCCUGCAGUUCCUGCACCUGUACUCAAUGGUGCUGUGCUAUGACCACGUGCCAGGCAUGGAGGACUAUGUGAUCCUGAGUCCGCAGUGGGCGGUGGACACGAUGGCCCGCGUCAUCCGCAACUUUGAUCUGCACCGCGAUGUGCGCGAUGGCGAGGCGAGGGCCGUUGGCGCACAGCUGUGGGACGACCUGGUUGACCGUGGCAUCCUGCAUCGCCGCCUGCUGGAUGUGCUGUGGAACGACGUGGACAGCAACUUGGUACUGCCAUUCCUGUGCUUGAUGAUGCAGUACGGGCUGUGUGUUGAGUACUCUCCACCCAAGCUGGUGGACAGUCGCAGAGCACUCGCACGCACCAACUCUGGCCACGGUGACAACGCUACAGCCAAGGGCAGCAAGGGCAGCAGUCCCGGGCACCAGCAGUACCUGGUCCCUGCCAUCCUGCCGAUGACGAUUCGCCACAACAACAGCGAGAUGGCAUCCGUGUCACUUAGCACGACGGCAGCACAGCAGGUCAACCCAUACGUUGGUUAUGAAGAGAAGACAGCCUACGUCACCUUCAGCCUGAAGCAGUUCAAGCGAAGUGCGAGCGUGCGAGUUGAAGAUGUGCAACAAGCGUCAUUCCUGCCAGAGGGGUUGUUCACCGUUGUGCUGGCCCAUGUGAUGAUGCAUGCACAGCACGGUGCAUCACAGGAGCCCAAGCUGAGCCGCACCCACGCCGUGUGCUUCAUGGAGUCCACCAAGCUGGAGCUGCAGCUUGUGCCGGCUGUUGGCGGCAUCAAGAUGAAGAUCACGAGUGCACAGCCACGUGCUGUGCUGCACAUGCUGCACAGCAUGAUCAGCGAGGCCGCCAGAGAGCGCUACCCCGAGCUGAAGAGCAGCCUGCUGCUGCCGUUCGACGACAAGACGCUGCUGUUCUUCGAGGACAUGCUGCACCACCACAAGCGCAAGCAGGACAUGUGGGUGGACGAACAGCUGCUGUCACCCGAUGACCUGGUCACCAAAUACGGCCCUCUUCUGCCCGUCCUUGGCCUGCAGGACAAGUACGACGUCUUCAUCAGCUACAGGCAACGCGCCAGCAGUGGGCUGGUGAUGGCGCUGCACCCGCGCUUGGAGCAGCGCAACCUGGUUGCGUUCCUGGACGCCAACAACCUGGAGACGGGCCUCAACUUCAAGUUGUCGUUCAUGACGGCGAUUGGGCUGAGUCUGGUGGCCUGCCCCAUCGUCUCUGCUGCCACCAUCAUGCAGAUGAGGCAGCUGCAGCACAGCGACUACUGCGACAACGUGCUGCUGGAGUGGAUGACGAUGCUGGCGCUGCGCGAGUACCAACGGGCGCACGAAGAAGAUGAGGAGCAACAUGCCAAGAUUCGCCUUCACCGCGUCGUGCCUGUCAUUGUUGGCAGCGCAUGGCACAAUGUGAACGACAGCAGCAUGAGCAAGGCCGAGGUGAGCGAGUACGACUCGUUUGACCGCCUGAAGCGGCUGACAACGAAGCUGCCGGAUGUUGUCAGCAAGGAGACGGCAGCAGCCCUGGACCAGUACUUUUCGCAGGUGCUGCACUUACCACCACCACAGCAGCACAAGAGCGUGCGCGAGACUGUGCUGUCGCUGUUUGACAUUGACGCCGUGGUUGUAUUGGACGCCACUGAGGACCGCACGUCGCAGCUGCGCGACAUUGCAGAGAAGGUGCGCCAAGUUGUCGUCUCUGCCAGGAGUGACGAGCAGGCAGGGAAUGGAGCAGCAACUGCACGUCGUUCCACGCAGCCUAUCCUGCAAUCGUCCUUGUCAUACUCCACCACUGCCACAACUCCUGCUCCACCACCACCUGCCACCCCAUUGGCCUCUUCCUCCUCCUCGCCAUUUGAGCCCGAACUGGCGGCAUGGCUCACACAACACUCGCUGCUGCCACACGUAAAGCAAGCGCUGGUGGAGCACUGCAUCGACUCCCUGGAGGUGCUGGUGGGGGUCGUGCGUGAGGGCUUACUCACCACACAGGCACUUGUUGCAAGCGGCGUGCCGAUGGGUGCUGCGUUUAAGCUGGUGCAAAAAGCGAAACGUAGUGCGGAUGGCAAUGCAUAGGGUCAAACACGCGUUCCCACUUCUAUUUUGGCUUGUUCUGUUCGUGCGUACUUGAGUUCUUGUUCCCGCUUCCUCCUGAAUUCACGUUCACAUGUUGACGUUGUGUUCAUACACAGCCAUGUUGA